AUGGUCACAACUCGGAAGCUAAGACCCCACUUCUUAUCACAUCGCGUGGUGGUUCGAACUGCCUUACCCUUCAGACAAGUGCUGGGAAGGCCAGAUCUUGCAGGACGCAUGGUGAAAUGGGCCGUGGAGUUAGGGGAAUAUGAUGUGGAUUAUGAGCCGAGGAUAGCUAUCAAGGCCCAAGCCCUUGCAGAUUUUAUUCAAGAAACUACUCGUCGCCCUGUGCAAGAGUUUUGGGUGGCUUUCGUAGAUGGAUCGGUUACAAAAGAGGGAUGUGGAAUUGGAGUGUACAUCAUUUCUACACGAUCAGAGGUAUACCAAUUCGCUAUUAAAUUCACCUGUAAGAUAUCCAACAAUGAAGCUGAGUAUGAGGUCGUGGUCAGAGCAGCGCAUAUUUUGUCAGAGCUGCGGACGGAAUAUGUCACCAUCAGAACUGACUCACAAUUGGUAGCUCAGCAACUCUCGGGAGGAUACCACAUAAAAGAGGAUCGGAUGCGAGCAUAUCACAGUGAAAUUGUUGAAUUAAAGAAAAAAUUUGUGGAAUUCAGAAUAGAACAGAUCUCGCGAGAGGAGAAUACUCGGGCAGACUUAUUGGCACGGGUUGCCAGCGCAGUGGAGCAGACGUGGAAUGAUGAGAUCACGCUGCUCUGCGACACCAGAGGAAUGGGGACUUCCCAAGUUUUUGCGAUGAAAAUCCGGGAUGAUUGGCGGGCUCCAAUUAUACACUUUCUUAGAACAGGGGAACGACUGAACAAAGAGUCCAAUCAGAGGGCUCGAUACGAGAACUAUUGUUUGAUCAAUGAUCAACUCUACAAGCGCUGCUUCACCCAUCCCUUACUGAAAUGUUUAUCUCCUGAGGAGGCUAACUUUGCUUUGACAAAAAUUCAUGCAGGUUGCUGUGGUGGGCACACAGGAUUCAAGGAUCUUAUACGAAAAACCAUCCGGGCAGGGUUUUAUUGGCCAACCAUUACUAAUGACGCCAGAGAAUUCGUUCGCAAAUGCGAGGCCUGUCAGAGGCAUACUGGCAAGAUUAAUGUUCCAGGGAAGAUUAUGGGAGUAAUGUAUGUUGCUUGCCCAUUUGACAAAUAG